AUGCUCUCCCGCCGCGCUCUCACUGUUCUCGCCCUCGUCUCCGUAACCGCUGUCAUAUUUCUCAUCUCCUCGAGGAGACUUGGCAGCGACUGGGCCAUCGAGGGUCCCAACUACCACCCCCUCAAGGGCCACAGCCCGCCGACUCCUUCGGGAAUCUCUCCCAGCGGCCGUCCUGAGACAACACCCGCCCCUCCGAGCUCUCAAGUCGAUCACCUCGCUCAACACAAUGUGUCGAAUCAAGACAUCCCCUACCGUCCCCGCGACCCCAUUUGCGACACCUUCCCCGACACGAGCAACAUCCUCGUCGUCAUGAAGACGGGCGCCACCGAAUCGUUCGAUAAGGUCCCUACCCAGCUCAUGACCGUGCUCAAGUGCCUACCCGAGUUCUUUAUCUUCUCCGACCUUGACCAGACCAUUGCAAACUACCACAUCCGCGACAGCCUUGAUCGUGUCCUUCCCGAGGCCAUGGAGGGCAACAAGGACUUCGACCUCUACCACCGCCAAAAGAGCUGCCAGGCAGACCAGCAGAGUUGCAACAAGCUUGCCGAGAGCAAGGACGAGGGCUGGAAUCUGGACAAGUACAAGAAUGUUCACAUCGCCGAAAAGACGUACAACUUGCGCCCCAACUACGACUGGUAUAUUUACAUCGACGCCGACACCUACGUCCUCUGGCAUACUCUCGUCCAAUGGCUCAAGAACCUGAACCCCAAGAACAAGCACUACCUGGGCAGCGUCACAAUGAUCCGCAACUUCGUUUUCGGUCACGGUGGCAGUGGCUAUAUUGUUUCCCACGCUGCCAUGCGCGACAUGAUCGCCGGCCAUAAGGAUGUCGGCAAUAAGUGGGAUGUCCGCGCCAGCAAGGAAUGCUGUGGCGAUUACAUUUUUGCGAUGGCCAUGAAGGAGAACGCCGAUGUCGACGUACAUAAUGUGUGGCCGACGAUCAACGGAGAGAAGCCCUUCACCCUCCCUUACGGCCCAACGCACUGGUGCCACCCCAUCGUGACGAUGCACCACAUGAACGCUGAGGAGAUCUCGUCCUUUUGGGAGUACGAGUCAAAGCGCUACGCCGACCCUAACCUCCCGCAGCCGCCUCCCGCCAUGCGCAUCAAGGACAUUUACAACGAGUUCUUCAAGCCCCGCAUGCAACCCCAGCGCGUCGACUGGGAUAAUCUCGCCGACGACCGUUUCUACCUUGACGCGACCGCCAAUAAGCACGAGGAGUGGCAGCUCGGCCGUGCCAAGACCGAAAACCUCACACCGGAAGAAAAGGAAGCUCAUCUGUCGUUUGACAAAUGCCGCAAGGCCUGCGAGGCUGACGAUGCUUGCUUCUCCUUCCGGUACAAGGACGGCCUCUGCAGCUUCUCCUGGGCAUGGAAGCUCGGCCACCCGGUCAAGCGCGCGUCCAAGGAUGAGGACCGCGUCAUGUCGGGCUGGGCCGUCGACAAGAUCAACGCCUGGAUCGAAAAACAGGGCGAGUGCGGCCCUGUAAAAUGGCCCGAUGUUUGA